CCAGACGGUUUCAGCGCCGGAUUGCAUGAACACCCCACUAAGACUCGAGCAUCCUAUCCCUCAACAUCAUUACAUUACCACAAAGGAAGUCGUUCCAAAGCGUCUAGAUUAUUCAAACAAUAUAUUAGGCCUCGACGGCGUCCAUCGAUCGCAUUAUCGAAGCCAUUUAAUCGAAAACGAGGCGAUAUACGCGCCACGGAUCGCCGCAUCUAUAUCUGCCACUUUCGCAAAGGCUUUUGCGACGACGAAAUUGCUGCCACCUCAAGAACGCCAUAUUAGGAUUGCAAUGGCUCUUCCCCAGCUCUUCGGAGUCAUACCUACCGGCUGCCCUAUCAUAACUACCCCCACCACUGCGCCGGCACCGACCUCGCUCCUCUUCAAUCUUCCUGCGCGCCCAUUCUCACAUAUUGUUGUCGUCCUCCUCCCCGGCAUCACUCUCCCACCAGACACCGCCGCAGCUGUAUACCUAGCCUACUCCCCGACCAACGAGGGCCAGGCCCCGGAGUUUAAAUUUCUAGGCGGCAUUGGGCCAGGAAAAGAGAGUGCAAUCUUCAAAGUUGCUGGCAUUGGCUCGAACGGAAACGGGUCGAACGCUAUUAAUGGAGAGGUUGACAUGGAUGCCCCUGAAGGGCCUGGUGAACGCAAUCUUAUCCUUGGGAUAUCCGUCGAGUCCAGCGAGUCAGUGAACGCCCAGAUGGUGGCCCUACCGUCUUCUAAGGCCACAUUGCAACCACGUAGCGCCGCAGCUACGCCAGGGAAUGCCCUCGUGAGGACGCAGGAUGGUGGGGCCCAGAGAACCGACGCGCUCGUGCUGGCGCAGAGGAUCAUUAAAAACGCAUUCAACUUCCUGGCGAGCUUCGCGGGAAACGUGCCGGUUCCAGGAAGCAGCGGGACGGCGGGGGUGGAAGUGGUGCCGCUGAAAGCGUUCGAAAACUGGUGGGCGAAGUUUGAGGCUAGGGUUAAGAAUGACCCAGAAUUUCUGAUGAGAGAUGCAGAUUGAAGCACGCUGCUGUAGAAGCGGGUUCUAGCAUUCGGAGGCGGGAUAUCAGACCCAGUGGCGCCAGCGACGCCAGUCCACCCAUGAAAGUGGGUAUGGAGCACCGGCGCUGGAAGAGCACAGCUGUGCCCCAAUGGUGCUUCUAGUCUGGCAGCUGAGUAGUCAUCCUUCAUCAAGAUGCCACUUCCGAAACCCCAGGGUGAGGGGUGUGACCUGAGAAAUGAGAUGACUGUAAAAUCAUGUGUCCCCGGCGAAUAGAGAGGUUGAACGGAUGGCAGAUGUUAUCGUCAUAUUCGAAGCUUUGGGACAUUUACGAGGAUUUUAUACAACAAUUUUGUAUAUAUAAACAAGCUAUGCAAGGCAGCAACUAGAUGCUUUAUUUAAGUAAUUACUUACUAUGCUAACAUACA